AUGCGUCAGUUUGAUAUCAAGACCAUCUUGUCGCCUGCGUUCUUGUCUUUCAAAAUUAUCCUUGCGAUAAGUCGCCUUCCACCGUACCACAACGAGUGUUACACCGAAGCAGACGUCAUCAGUCUGCUUAAGGGGUUUGGAAUCAGUUGUAAAAGAGAUCAACUCUUCAUCGUUCCUCAGUCGCAGAUGGCUUUUUUCAUCUCCCCAAAUGUGAAAGAGGUGCAACAUUUCUUCCAAGUGUUGCCGUGGACAAACAUCGUCUUCAAAGGGUCCAAGCUUUUUUUCCACGUCAUCAGAGGCCUUGCCUCAAUGAGUUUGUUUAAGUUUUAUGGAUUUCUGAUGUCCUUCGCUCACCCUCAAAAACAGCAGAUGACGUACGACACAAGAAAUAUAGUUUUUUUUAACAACAUGUCGCCGAGCAAAGCCAAAGGUCUGCCAGAAGCUUUGAAAAGAGUUGUGCGAGUGAGAAAUUACCUACCACUGCUCUCCAAGGCUUUUGUUCAUUGUGAAAACGCUUCAGAUGCCAAUCGACUGGCAGUUUGGUACAUGUCCUGGAAAGGUCCCAGUUCUCUUAAUGGUCAGCAGACAAAGAAAAAUGAAAUGUUGAAUUCUCCGAAAGAGCUGACUCCAGCAGCAGUGGCAGCUUCGCCUCUCAGGGAGGACAUCUCAACCGGAGCCAGCGUCCAGAGGAAAGACCCAUUGCCCAUUCCAGAGGGAAGCGAGGGCCCUUUCUGGAAUACCACAAAAACAAGUCCUUACGUGCUUCAAACUGCAUCUCCUUAUUUCAACAUCCCAGCUUAUCAGACCGUCAAUAAGAAGACGUAUAUGGAGAUUUCUCAGCAACAUUUGAAGUUCCCCAUCAUCAUGUUGACGGGGUUUCCAAAUAAAACCUACACACAAGAGGAUGUGGCUUUGCUGGUGUGGAAGUAUUUCCCUGAACAGAACCUUCACACUCUCUACAACAAUGUUGUGGUUUUACCACUCCAGAGAAGGGCUUUUGUGUUUUUCAGCAGCAGCGACGAUUGCCAAAGAUUUCUUCGAGAUCAGAACACGAAUCCAAUUUAUUUAAAAGACUUUAUUCCUAAGAUUCAUUUAGUCUUGGAGGAUAUUCACCUUGGAUCCAGUGAGGUGUCCAUGUUUAGGACUCUGAUGCAAUGGAGCAAUAUUCGUGUUCCAGAUCUGAAGUCUUUGGAGGAGCGGCUGCUCUGUGUGGAGGUUUCAGGGACAAACCAGGAGAUCGCAAUGAUGGUGAUGAAGAAAGUGGCGACAUUGGCUAGUUUUGCCAGCUUCCUGCCGCUCGCCAACAGGAUUUACAUCGAGAUGGCAGAGUCCAGCGGAGUAUCAAAGGUGAUGCAAAACUUAUCCGUGUGCAAAAUGUCUGAGCAGCAUGAAGCUUGGAGGCAGGUUGGACGCAUUGAACGUUUAUUAAGUCGAAAGGAGCGACUGAAGGAAUGUCAGAAGACUGCAGUGAACCUUGAGCGUGACGCCAUCAGUGUCUCUACAGAGGCCUCAUCGCUGAGAGCUCCAUCAGAGUCGCCUCAGCUGGCGUGCAGAGGGAUGGAAGAGGAAGCAGCAGCCCGUGCUGAUCUUCCAAACCCAAGUUUGCUUCCAUCAGAUAAAGAACCAGAAAGUCCUCAGUUUGACUUGGCUUCUUUGAAUAAACUAAAAAGCAUCAUUCUUCAAUUCAAACAUCAACGAGAGAGCUCCACUCUGAGCAAGCAGAUUUCCACUGAAGAAAGAAGCGACUCUGAAAGCUCCUCCUCCUCUGAGCAGACCAACAAAGAAAUGAAGAAUUCACAUUCAUCAUCUUUAAGUGGAGAUAACCCAGAGUAUAGUAAAAACUGCAAGACCUCCAACUCAUUUUCUCUGUCAGCAAACAGCAGCUCCUCAUCUUCUUCAAAACCCGCUAAACCUUUGGCAUCCUCAGCUUCUUCCUCUUCAGGUCGACUGACUCGUUCAUCAUCAUCAUCAGCUGCUAAGACGUCUGUAGAAACUAAGAAGUCACAGGAAAAGGAACCAAAACCCACAGAGACACCUGGAAGGGGACAGAGGUCAGAGGUCAGCACAGCUGAAACCCCAAAUUCAAGACUGGAAAAAGAGGCGGUGGUCUGUGAGGAGGCUGUUAAAGACCAAUCUGAUGCAAAAGGACCUUUUAUACCAACGACCACAUCCACCAAACGAGAUCAGACCAAUGAGGACAAAACAGCGUCUAAUACACCAGCCGCCGCCGUGAGAACUACGAGACAAAAAAGAAAAAUAACUGAGAGAGACUCUUUAGUUGAAAGAAAAGAUGAGACUCCAACAAAGAAGAAAACUAUCUGAGGAGGAUUAUUUUUAACAGAACGCAGAGAAAACAGAAGAAACUAAAGACGUCAAACCAGUCAGAUGUGACAAGAAACCACAUUAGCACCUUUUUUGCCUUCAGGACAAUCUUACCUUUGCACACAGAUUUUCUUUUACCGUUCUUGAAAAAACAUUUCAUUCAUAAGCGGAAAAUGGUUUUAUAUGUAUAUUUUAUGUGUAUACUUAAGGCAGUGAUGUAAAAAUUCAUGGUUUCUCUGGGUUUUUUUUUUAUUUUUUUCUCCAGCAUGCAAAAUCAUUUUUAUCUU